AUUGACAAAUCAAUGGAUGGGGCAAAUCAGUCUAUGGUGUCAGAGUUUGUGUUCCUGGGACUCUCCAAUUCUUGGGAGACCCAACUUGUCCUCUUUGUAUUCUCCUCCAUGUUUUACGUGGCAAGUAUGUUGGGAAACUCCUUCAUUGUCCUCACUGUGGCCUGGGACUCUCACUUACACUCUCCCAUGUACUUUCUGUUGGCUAAUCUCUCCUUCAUUGACCUGAGUGUUUCUUCUGUCAUUACCCCUAAAAUGAUUUAUGACAUUUUCAGAAAGCGCAAAGUGAUCUCCUUUGGAGGCUGCAUUGCUCAGAUCUUCUUCAUUCAUGUCAUUGGUGGUACAGAGAUGGUGCUGCUCAUAGCCAUGGCCUUUGACAGAUAUGUGGCCAUCUGUAAACCCCUCCACUAUCUAACUGUUAUGAGUCAAAAAAUGUGUAUUCUGCUGCUGGGUGCUUCCUGGGUAAUUGGUUUGAUCCACUCUGUGAUUCAAUUAGUUUUUGUUGUGAAGUUGCCAUUUUGUGGUCCUAAUGUGCUGGACAGCUUCUACUGUGACCUUCCUCGAUUUAUCAAACUGGCCUGUGUUGACACCUACAUACUGGAGUUCAUGGUCACAGCCAACAGUGGAUUUAUUUCUCUGGGAUCGUUCUUCAUACUGAUCAUCUCCUAUAUUUUUAUUUUGAUCACAGUUUGGAAACACUCCUCAAGUGGUUCAUCCAAGGCUCUGUCCACUUUAUUAACUCACAUCAUGGUGGUGAUUUUAUUCUUUGGCCCUUGCAUCUUUGCUUAUACCUGGCCUCAACCUACAUCACAACUAGACAAUUAUUUUGCCAUUUUUGAUGUAGUUCUUACUCCUUUUCUAAAUUCAGUAAUCUACACAUUCAGAAACAAAGACAUGAAGAUGGCAAUGAGGAGAAUAUGCAGUCAACUUUUUGUUUUCCGAAGGAUUUCUGAAAUAAUAAAAGUAUUAUGA